AUGGGACUCCUUCGCCACUACGUCGACGUCGUGCUCACCGCCGCCUUCUUGACCCCCGGCGCCAGCAGCAGUGCCACGCCCUCCAAGCAGAAGAACACGAAGCCGAAGCCAAAGAAGAACCGACGGCAGACGCUGUCCACGCGGCCUUCGAGCGCGUCGACUGUCGUGCCGCAAGCGCCGACAGCAGUCGUCCAGUCCCCACCGCAGCGCCUGUGCGACCUGCGGAUCCUCAAGACCUUAGCGCCGGCACUCUUCGGCGAAGUGCUGUUGUGCCUCGACGCGGCCACUGGUCGCCACGUUGCGGUCAAACGCGUCGAUCUCUGCUGUGCGCGCGCGCACGUGACGGUCAAGACGCGGGUCCAAGUGGUCGAGAGCCUCACGCAGGAGCGCAGCGUGCACCACCGACUCGCAGCGGUUCAGACGACCAAUUUGCUCGUCUUGCAAGAAGAGGUGCAGUGCAAUAACAACCUGUACCUCGUGUUCCCCUUCUGCUCGGGCGGCGACCUCUUUCACGUCGUGCGGCACAGUCCACUGGACGGGCGACUGCCCGAAGCCACUGCCCGUCGCUUCCUCCGCGACGUCGUGCGGGGACUGCUGUGCCUCAAGCAGAAUGGAUUGGCCCAUCGGGACAUCUCCCUCGAAAACGUCGUGCUGGACGCCACCGGUGUGUGUUUCGUCUGCGACUUUGGGCUCGCGACGGCCUACGAGACGCGCGUGGCCCCGGGACGCGUGGGCAAAGCGUGGUACAUGGCGCCCGAAGUCUUUGCAGCGACAGCGUCGUACAGUGCACUGCCGGCCGACAUUUGGUCGCUCGGUGUGCUGUUGGCCAUUAUGCUCACGGGCGCACCGCUCGUUGACAAACCGGCGCUGAGUGACCGCCACUUUUGCGUCUUGAGCCAGGGCGGCGGUGUCCGCAAACUCCAUCGCGUGUUCCCUCGCAAGCUCUCGGACGUGACGUGGGACGUACUGGAGCAGAUGCUGCACGUGGAUCCCCUGCGCCGGCCGACACUGGAGCAGGUGGCAGCACAUCCGUUUCUGUCGAGUCGAUAG